AUGGUAUAAUUUUUGGUCUUAGUCCCUUAUAAUGGUGAUUAUUAAAAUACAAAAAAGGUUGGUAGAUGGGAUACUUUCUUUAAAUGUGGUGAUAAAGGAUUUACAUAGAUGUUGAUAUUAUUAUAAUUAACAGUAAAUUUACUGUGGUGGUGGAUUGAAGUUCGAUUAAGAUUGGUAGGUGGAUUGAGCUGAGUUAUGCAUUUAAAUUGGAUUCACAAGUCAUCUAUAAAGGUGAAUAUAAAAAGGGAAUAAAAUUGGCAGAUGGGAUAUUUAAUUUAGAGGAGAAAAUAAUGAAGAAUUUAAAUAGAUGUAAAAUAAAUAUAGUUAAUAUUAUGUAUAAAUUUGCAGUGGUGAAGGAUCAUAUCAUGAUCAAGUUAAAGGAAGCUCAAUUAAGAUUGGGAAAUGGAUUGAGUCGAAUGAUGAAUUUAUUUGGAAUUGAUGAAUUACUUUUAAUGACGAAUAUUUAAAUAAUAAAAAAGUUGGUAGAUGGGAUAUUUGGUAGAAGGAUUCUGAGAUAAAAAUAUAUCAAUAAAUACCUGGAGUAAAAAAUUAAUUUAUAGUGGAGUGGAUCAUAUGAUGAUGAUGAAGAUUCAAGUAAGAUUGGAUAAUGGAUUGAUUUAAGUGAUGAAUCCAAUUGUUAUUCGUAAAUUACUUUUAGAGGAGAAUAUAAAAACAAUAAAAAAGUUGGUAGAUGGGAUACUUGGUAUAAAGAUUAAGAGACAAAAAAGAAUGAAAAGAUGAGUAUAAAAUAAAAUUCUACUGGAGGCGGAUCAUAUAAUGAAGGAAUACAGAUAAAGUAAUGGAUUGAAUUCAGCGAUAGGUCAAAUGCAAAGUUUUUAAUCAACUAUGAUGGUGAAUAUAUUAAUGGUAAAAAGGUUGGAAGAUAAGAUAUUUAUUGGAAAAAGAAUUGUGAAGGUAAAUAAAAAGAACCUAUGUAUCAAUAAUAAAUUUUUAAUUAUAAAUGGUGGUGGAAUAUUUAAUGA